AAUACAAUGGCAGCUAGGAAGAAACGUAUCACAGUCAUCGGUGGUUGGUUUGCAGGUUUCUGUUCAAUUGUUAUGCUCAAAGAGGAGGAACUGGAACCAGUUUGCUUUGAACAGGCGGAUAAUCCUGGUGGCACAUGGUUUUAUAGAGAAGAGUCCAUUGAUGGUCUUGGAUCCCUGAUGGCGAAUACUGUCCUUAACACUAGCAAGGAAAUGAGUGCAAUUAGUAAUUUUCCCCCACGCAAGGAAUUUCAUAACUAUAUGAGACCUCACGAGAUGUACCAGUACUUUACUGAAUACCACAGUCAAUACGAUUGCUUAAAACAUGUGAAAUUUAAUAUGAUGGUUACUUCAGUCAAGCGCUGUGAAGAUUAUGAUGAAACUGGAAGAUGGGAGGUGACUGCAAAAAAUACAGUAACAGGAGAAGAACUUUCUGAUGUCUAUGACGGUGUAUUGGUUUGUGUAGGCCACAUGAAUCGGCCUGUAAUUCCAAAAUACCCGGGCCAAGAAAACUUUAAAGGAAAAAUUAUACACACACACAGCUUUAAAGAAGUAAAUGAAUUCAAAGGACAGACUAUUUUGGUUGUAGGUAUAGGUAGUUCUGCUGUAGAUGCUGCUGUAGGAGUCAGCGAUGUAGCCAAACAGGUCUACCUCAGUACAAGAAGUGGAGCUUACAUAUUAAGCAGAGUAGGACCUGGAGGAUAUCCAAUGGAUUAUACGCUCUUAAGACGUUUUUUAAACAGUUCUUUAGAUAUAUUACCAGUUAAAUUUUGCAGUUGGUUUAUUGAAAAGAUGUAUAUUGAUUCGAAAUUUGAUCACAAAUUGUAUAAUGUACCUCCAAAAUAUCGGUUUCUCUCAAAAGAUCCAAUUGUUAACGAUGAAAUUGCCUUCAAAUUAUUAUGCGGCUCUGUAAUUCAGAAAAAAGAUGUUUCCCAUUUCACAGAAACAGGAGUUAUCUUCGAAGGCAGUAACGAAGAAGUACAAAUAGAUGCUGUCAUUAUGGGAACUGGGUAUACUUGGAACUUUCCAUUUCUGGAAGAUGGAAUAGUUACCCAAGAAAAAAACGGACGAAUAAACUUAUACAAGGCAAUGUAUCCUCCACAUCUGAAACAUCCAACUCUUGCAAUUAUAGGUUUUGUAGUAUCUUUUGGAUCUAUGUUUCCAAUUAAUGAAAUACAGUGUCGGUGGGCUGCUCAUAUUUUUGCUGGGAAAGGACAUUUACCACCAGUAAGCAAGAUGUUGAAAGACAUUGAAAGAAAACACCGUAAGAAUGUAAAGAGAUACGCACCAAGCGACAAGAUGACUUUAAGGGUUGACUGGAUGCAGUACCUGGAUGACAUAGCAUCAAACGUUGGAGUAAAACCCAGUUUACUCCAGCUAUGUUUUACUGACUUUAGAUUAUUUUGGAAGCUUUACUGGGGCCCAUGUGUUCCGUACCAAUACAGACUGCGAGGCCCACACUUAUGGGUUGGAGCUAGAGACGCUAUAAUGACAUGUAAGAAGCGAAUAGUGUACCCUUUGAAGCCAGAUGCCAAAAAUAGGACCAAAUAAAUAUUACCAAAAAUACAGACAGAUAUAAUAUUACUGAUGCGUUAGUGUUGAGUUGUGGAAAAACUUGACGUAAGCACCGCCUCAAAAAUUUUGAAAAGGCAGUUUAUGGUGAAUCACGUGUAUAUAACAAUUGCCCUGAAAGAAAAGGAAAAUAAGAUGUGAAUCUCAAAUACAAAAUUGUUACAAUCAAAGAAAUAUAGAUAAAACUGU